UGUGCUGCUGCCUCCCUCCAGCAGGGGUCGCUGCCUCUCUCCGCUCCGCUCCCUUCUCUCCGUUUCUCUCUCGUCGUCGACGCGGAACUCGGAGUGUUUACCUCCCCGCUGGCUCUCUUUGUCCUGGAGGCUCCGACUGCGGUGAAGCCGCAGAAUGUGCGCCGUGCAGCUGCUGCGGGUGUCGGUCCAUGAGCGGAUCAGCGCCGCCGCUGAAGACUUUCUGCUGCAGCUGGAAAAAGGACAAGAAGCGGCGGAGCUCCCGGCGCUGAGAGCGCUGCUCACCGAGCGGCUAACGGCGGCUGCGGAGGAGAUCGUCGGUCUGUUGGAGGCGACCGUGGCGGACUACGAGGACCGAGUGGAGCGGUCAGAGCGGGAGAUCUGCCGCCAGAGGAGGCUGCUGGAUGCUGUGCUGAAGCCUGAAGUCCGGCUGUACCGGGCAGUGGGUCCUACAGAUGUCCAGGAGCUUUUGGUGGAUAAAGAAGAGAUUCGGCAGAAGUGUAGCUCCAGUCUGAACCAGCAGGACCAGGAGGACCAGGAGCUGCGCCACAUCAAAGAGGAGCAGGAGGAACUGUGGAGCAGUCAGGAGGCAGAAAUCACCAAGUUCACCUUCAGUCCGGUUUCUGUGAAGACUGAGGAUGAUGAAGAGAAACCACAGUCCUCACAGCUUCAGCACAGAGACUCUGUGAAAGAACCAGAGCCAGAGCCAGAUCCAGAUCGACGCUUGCACCCAGUUAGUGAAGAUAAUUCUUUGGACUCUACUGAGACUGACGACAGUGACUGUGAUUGGACACAAACUAACGAAGCCCAGUCGGGCACCGAGUACAUUAGGAACAGUGAAGUCACUGGUGGUGACCUGCAGUCAGCCGUGAAAGAGAGACCGUUUCCUUGCUCAUACUGUGGGAAAAGGUUUAGCCUCAAAGGAAACCUGAACAGGCACAUCAGGGACCACACAGGUGAAAGGCCUUUUCCCUGCACAGACUGUGAUAAAUCCUUUAAAGACAGCGGGUCGCUAACAGCACACAUGAGGUGUCACACUGGAGAGCAACCAUACAGCUGCUUAUUCUGUGGGAAGAACUUCAGCGGCAGAGGAAACAUGACUCGACACAUGAGGAUUCAUACUGGUGAGAAACCCUUCACCUGCUCUGUCUGUAGUAAAAGCUUCCAUGUGAAAGAACACCUCAACAGACACAUGAAGUACCAUACUGGGGAGAAACCAUUCAGCUGCUCCAUCUGUGGAAAGGGCUGUGCUCAAAAGACUGACCUAAAGAAACACAUGAGAGUUCACACGGGGGAGAAACCAUUCAGUUGCCCCUUCUGCGGGAAGUGCUGUGCAGAGAAAGGAGACCUGACAAAACACAUGAGAGUGCACACUGGAGAGAAACCCUUCAGCUGCACAAUCUGCGGGAAGAGCUGUGCCCAGAAGGGGAGCCUGAAAAUCCACAUGAGAGUUCAUACUGGAGAGAAACCGUUCAGCUGCUCCAUCUGUGGUAAAUGUUUCACUGUUACCGGACACCUGAAGAGACACAUGAAGCUGCACACAGCCGACAGUCAGCCGAGUGAAUCUCCAGGUUCACAGGCAGCCAAAGUUCAGACUGAAGGUAAACCUGCCGAGGCAGUGAACACAUCAUGAAGAAGAGGUGCAGCCAAGUUCAUGCAGCUGCUCUGACUGUCACAGCAGGGUUAAUGAUGUUAAGAAAACAUUUAUCAAGGAUGUUGAACAUGAGAUGAGGGGUGAACAUCUCAAGAAAAAUCCUGUAGAACCAGAUCAAACUUUCACUCUGCCUUCAUUGUGAACCAAACAGAGUGUGAAGAGAUGUUGGGAUCGUAGCUGCUCUUACAGGUUCAGACAAAAGAUCGCUGACUGACUGAAGUCUGAUUUUUUAUUUUUAUUUUUAUUUUUUUUUGGUCGCUAGUUUUGAAAAGUUCCAAACCUUGUUCACUACAGCUUCAAAGAGUCAGAAGAAUCUGCUGCUGCUGUGUGAAUGCAGAGAGGCAACAGUGAUGGUGGCUUUGCACAUGUUGGAAUUGGGACUCAACAGCUUCAAUGGUCAUGAACAAAAGUGUACUUGUAAAGGGUAUGUAUAUCAUGGCAGUAGUAAGAUUCCAUCGAUUUCCAAAACUCUCAGUUUUCUAUGAUUGAAUCCUUGAAGUGCAUUAAUCUGUGUCACAAAAAACAAUCAUGAUUUUAAUGUCCUUUGUCCACUUUUACCUUAGUUGGGUUCCUUUGGUUUCAGACCACAAGCCUCUGGUUGUAUCUCUGACUUGUUUCAUUAUUGCAGUCCUGAGGUUGUUGAUUUUACAGUUCUACAAUUUCAUUUAGCAGACGCUUUCAUCCAAAGCAUCAUACAUCUGAGAGUAGAUACAACACAAGCAAGGAAUUGGGUUUACGUCAGGACAUUAGGGAGACCAGUCUAGAACCUUCAUUCUAGUCUGAUGGAACCAUUUCUUUACAACAUCUGAUAUGUGUUUGGGCUCAUUGUCUUGUUGAAACUUCCAACUGUGUUCAAGAUCAACCUUCUUUAGAUUUUCCUGAAGAAUGUGGAGGUAAUCCUCCUCCUUCAUUAUUCCAUUUACUUUGUGUAAAGCUCCAGUUCCACAGAGUAUAAUACUGCUGCCACUAUGCUUGAUGGUAGGUUUGGUGUUCUUGGGGUUAAAGGUCUCACCUUCUCUCCUCCAAACCCAUUUCUGCUCAGUUUUUGUUCCAUCUGACAACAGAACUUUCCUCCAUUUUUAUUUAUUUAUUUAUUUAUUUAUUUUUAAAAAGGUAGUGUCUACGGAUACGGGUCCGUAUCUACGGCACUUUCCAUUUGCCAGACAGAUACGGACCCGUACGUGAGUCUCGCGAGUCAAGAAGCUGCUAACCACUGCAAACUGUUGAAAGGUAAGCAAAGGUUAAGGUUAGGGUUAGUGUUAGGGUCAGGUUUAGGGUCCGUACCUGUCGUACCGAUGCUACGGGUCCGUACAGCUAGCGUCUACCGGGAGUCAUGUGACCAGAUCUCGCGUAUCUGAUUGGCAAAUGGCAAGUGCCGUAUCCGUAGUCCACAGGCUACGGGUACGGGUCCGUACCUCUAGCAACAACCUUUUAAAAAUGAGACAGUUCAUAUUAAUGUACAUUUCCAUGUAAAUAUGAGAGAUUGUAACCAUACAGCUAAUUUCCAUCUUGAGUCCCAUUGGCAGAUCAAAGAUAAAGAAAUUAGAAAUAAAAAAAUAAAAUCAAAACUGAACAAAAACAUGCAAAAAAGAAAAACAAACAAGCAAUAACACAUAGUGGACAUAACAGACAAAAACUGGGGGACCACGGCAGCUACCAAGCAGUAAUUAAUUAACAUUUGCACAUGAUUAUAUAGCCAAUAUCUCUUUGUUGUUAUUGCACAUAUUCCUCUAUCAUUAUUGCACAUUGCUAUACUACACUCAUCCCUCUGUCACUAUAACGAGUCCACUACAUAUAUGCCUCUGACACUAUUGCACAUAAUAUUGCACAUUUCUCUUAAUCACUAUUGCACAUACAGUGUUUCCCCUGGGUUGAAAUGGCUGUUAGGUGGUGGGGUCACUUUCAGCUCAAAGUUGUUGGGGGGGAGGAAUUAUAUAUAUACUAUCGGGCCGUCUCCGCCGCAGCCGCGCACCCCCCCACGGACGGUCUCGUCGGUCCGGCGGGUUUUGCACUGCACUUUGUUUGUUUUUUUUUGUGCCGCGGACCGGUGAGGCGGCAAUGUCGGCAGACUUUUAAUGAGGCGGUGGCCUAUACCGACGAGGCGGGCCGCCUCGCUGAUUAUAUGGGAGGGGAAACACUGACAUAUCCCCGUCUACAUUACAUAUACUUACCCUGUAUUUGUCCCUUCUAACACUACUGCACAUAUCCCCUUAUCACUGGUGCUCAUGAUCUUUAAACACUAUUAUACAUGACUACAUUGCACAAAGCCCACAUCUACACAUUUAAAACAAAUUGCAGAGUCCUCAAGAACAAGCUCCAUCAACGGGCAAACAAAUUUACACAGUGUUGUGAUCACAGAUCUGAUUUUCCAAUAGCCAUGCUUUGAAAUGUUUAAUAAAUGAGUGAAGUUGGGAUCGUUCAUGAAUGGCAUUUGGUGUAGUAUUCCAGGUUUGUGAUGCACAAAAAGAGAAAAUUGACUGCCCAAGAGCACUUUUCCUAAAAUGUCCAAGGCAGUUACCUCUAGCACCUGCUCUGGUUGAGCUGCUGGAAUUCUUCUUUACAAAUUCUUGUAAUGGAGGGGGAGCUUGGACAGAAGGCCUUUUCUUGGUCCAUGUGAUCAGCAGCAGCCUUGAGUGGAGCUUUAAGGUUCUGCUUCUAGAAGAACUUCCUUCUUCAUGGAGCCUCUCGGCUCAUGUUGAUGUAAAACACUGUAGACACUGACAGCUGUGUUCCAGCAGCUUCUCAUUCAUUCAGACCUGCUUUCUGAUGAUUCUUGGUUGUCUCUCAGCAGCAGGUGAUAGUUUGUGUUUUUGUCCUGAUGGUGGCAGUAACAGAACUGGAUCAUGAACUUUAUACUGAUACACUGAUGAUUUUGGAUCUGAAGCUGCUUCGAAAUGACUGCAAGUGACUUUCUCACUUGUUCAAGUCAAUGAUUUGUUUUUUUCUUUGCUGAGUUCCUCAGACAUUCCCAAUGAUGCCUAAUGAGUGGAUCGAAUGGGUUCUAUUUAAAUUAGCUCCGAGAAGUCAGCAGCUGUAGUCAAAAAUAAUCACUUAGGAGAGAUUAAGAAGCCUUUAAACUAGGAAAAUAUGAUAAACACAACUUUCUACUUCACCAAAACAGAGAAUUCAGGUUGUUGCAUGUAUAGAUUUACUUUUAAUAAAUCUAUGAAAGAACCAAAGCACAUGAUUGUUUUUUUGUGACAAAGAUUCAUGUCUUUCAUUGAUUCCAGUAUAGAAAAUUCUGAAUUGUAGACGUCACUGAAGGCUAAAGACUGACAUGAUAUAUAUGGACUUUCCAAGUGUAUAUAAACUUUGGUUCAAAGCUGCACUUCAGUAUUUAAUAGUAAACAGUGUUUAUUGACAUCAUUUGUGGUGCAUUUCUGUGCCUUUCGUGACAGAGACAAAGAAGGUGAAUGACAUGUUGAGACUGCAUGAUAUUGGUAAAACAGAUGUUGCAAUAUCUUGUUUUUCUGUGAUAUGAACAAAACUUAGUAAAUAUAUUAUGGUUUAAAGGACCAAAUGUAGUCUGUGGUUAAAGCACUUCAGCCUGGUUAACACGUUCACCAAAUCAAGUUUUGACUGAACGUGUCUCAUCCUGCUGCCAUGUUCUCACUUUAGGAUCAUCAAGAAAAAUGUAAACUGGGUCAUUCCAAAUACAGUCAACUAAAUCAAACCUCCUCAAAACCAUCUCAUUCUUUAUCUACAGUAACUUUAUUUAUUGUUCAAAGUUUUACCUUCGUGCUAUGAAUCUUUCCAGAGUUCCAGGUCAUUAAAGUCCAUAGAAGUGGG